CAUAAAAGUCUCAACCAAUAAAUAAUUCCUACAAUAAGUUGGAAAAAUGAUCGAAACAUUCGUUUUCAUUGCAUUCGUUGUAAUCGAAAUAGUGAUUGACUUUCGUAUCACUUCAGAUUGUCUUGUUAUUUUGACCGAUGAUGUGCUCGCCGAAGGAACGAAACGAGCAACAUUGAAUGGAUACAGAUAUUGUGCUUACACAGGAAUUCCGUAUGCUACGCCACCAGUUGGAAGUAAUAGAUUUGAGUUGCCGAAGAAAAUCCCAUUUUGGAGAGGUAGGAAGCGAUUCAUCGAAGACGCUAAUAUCUGUGUUCAGAUGUCGUAUGAAACGUUUCAAGUGAUUGGUAAUGAAGACUGCCUUUAUCUCAACAUUUUCACACUAAAAAGCAGACAAACAGAAAAGAACAAUGAAAAUACUGACAAUCUUAUGCCAGUUCUGUUUUUCAUCCACGGUGGCAGCUUUAAUAUAGGAUCAAGUAAUAGCAAUCUGAAUAUGCCCGAUUAUAUUCUUGAAAAGGAAAUUGUGAUCGUUACCAUCAACUAUCGUCUAGGGCCAUUCGGAUUUUUAUCCUUUGACAAUGUAACACGGAACGUUGGUUUGCAUGACCAAAGAAUGGCCCUGGAAUGGAUCUAUGAAAAUAUUUUGUAUUUUGGUGGUAAUAAGAACGGCAUAACGCUAUCAGGAUGGAGCUCUGGUGCUGCUUCCGUUUCGUAUCAUAUGUACGCAAACAAAUCCAAGGAUCUGUUUGAUAAAGCUAUUUUGAUGAGUGGAAAUAUGUUAAAUCCAUGGGCAUUCGAGAGUGAUGUAGAUAAAUGCAGCUGUGAACUUUUGAGCAAAUUGAAUAUAAAAAAUUCCCCAUUUGCAAUCGACGAAUUGAAGGCUUUUGACGCAUACGAUUUGAUACCUCCAAUAUUUACCGACGAAUUAAAAAUCGAUUUUUUCGGAUCCGAACAAUUUUGCUUUGUUCCGACAUUAGAUAAUGAUUUUGUACCGCAACCGCCUCACGUAAAUAUUCGUCACCAAAAUCCGUCCAACGUGCCACUAUUGAUUGGCACGACUUCCUUGGAAUCUGAUUGGGUAAUGUCAUUUGAAUUUACCAACGAUAAGUAUCCUAACAAGAACCCCAACAUAUCCAGUGAUCUGAACAAAGUUAUGGCUCGGUACUUUGAUAAGCAUUAUGAUAGUAUAGAAAUGGAUCGUUUUAUUCGAAAUUUUCAACACGCUAGUGAUAUGAGUUAUGGAAUCUAUCAAUUCAUUCAACAGUAUGUCGAUUCUACUAAACAAGGAAAUAUUUUCGUCUAUCGAUUUGCGUUCGAUGGACAAUUUAGCGAUUUAAAGGAUUACGCUGGAGCAGUUCAUGGCGAUGAACUGGAAUUUCUGUUUAAAAAGAAUUCUGUUGAAGUUAACCGAAACAACAUUAAUAUGGAACAAAUAUUGGAGCAGAGGAUGAUUAGCAUGUGGUCCAAUUUUAUUCAAUUCGGAAAUCCAACGCCAAACGAUCGUGCUGAUGAUUUCUUGUUUCAUAUAACCUGGCCUCCAUUUAGCAUUGACAAACGGCUGUUGUUAAAUAUUGAUUACGAUAUGACGGUAGAGCGGCUAAGCGAUAACGAUGGGGCAUUCAAAUUUUGGGAUUGCAUUUAUCAAUGCAUGUACUAUUUUGAGUGUGAUGAACUCAAUGAAUAUUUACUUUACAGUAAAACAAUUGAAUUUUGAAAUUUAAAAUUUACUUUUUACGAGAACUGUCGAUAAAACAUAUAUCUCUUAUAACACGUAGCGAUGUUUGAUGAAAAUAUUUAUGGAAUUUUUGAAUUCGUGUAGUGAUCAGAGGCGCCGACUUUGAAUUCGUUCAUGGGGGGCUCAUGGGGGGCAAAGAGCACAAAAUGAUAAAAAAAUUGUGAAAAACCCUAGGAAUUUAAAGAAGUUUUGCAUUGUCAUGGGG